CCUCUACGCUUCGUCCUCUCUAACUCUCUUCUUCCUGUUGCCUUCUACGUUUCUGUGCGUUUUUAGAACCUAUUAUCUUUCCUCCCUCCCGUCUACCGCGCCAUUCCCUGCCCCUCCCCUCGCUUUUAUACUAUUUCGCGGGAAUCUCUUUAAAUUCCGUAUCCCACCUCUAAAAAAAAAAAAAAGCUCUCUUAACUUUUGAUUUCUUUGGCUUAUUGGAAAUGAUGAUGUCAAGGCAAUACCCCAUCUGAAAUGCCAUCCAGUGCGUCUCUGGACGCCUGAAGCAGCCCAUAGAUUUGGGAAAGGCAAUUUUCUGUUAUUUUCUCUAGUAUUGAAAGAGGGGACGGAGGGUGUGUAGCCCGCUGUGAUAUACGACAAUACAGUCCUGUGGUCACUGGUCUUAACCAAUGAUUGAAUGGUUUUAACCUGAGAAUCAAUAGUUGAUCUCCAGACUGCUUUUAACGUCCCGCUCCACGGGGACCUGUCACCGAUGACGCAAGAGGGACUCUCCCAUUGAAUUCACUCCUGGAGAAUAGUCAUGAUGGUGUCAGCGACAGGGUGGAUUCUCUUCUUCCUCUUUCUACUGGGGGAGAGAACAGCACUUGACUGUGGGGAACUGCAGUGCUCUCUGUCUCCAGCGGGGGAGCAUCACCCUGUGCAGGGGCUGUUGGAGCGCUUUGAGGCCGGCCCGGGCUGUGCAGCCAGAGAGAGCGGGGAGAAAGAGACCCAUGUGAUCGCUGUGGGGAGAGGGACACGCAGCCCUGACAAACAGGUGACUGUGCUCCUGAGACCCCUGUCUCUGACUCAUCCCCCCCGUCAAACCCUCAUCCUGGUACUGAGCUCCAAGAAACCAGUGCGCUGGUGGCUGGAGGCUGAGAGACUACCCCCGGAUCUGCCUGUGCUGGUGCAGGUCUCUCCUAACUCUACAGUGCAGCCCUACAGUCUGGCAGUGCAGGUGCAGCCUGUGCCCUCUCUGCCUUUCCGUCCGCGGGCUUUGCUGCGCUGGGCAAUGCAUCGCCAUGGCUCCCUGUCCUCCCUCACACACACAGCCCGUGCCAACCGUGUCUAUGUCCGCGUGGGUGAGGAUACCACCAUGCCCCGCGUGUGCCAGCUGCAGUCUCUGUUCCUGUCACAUAACUACCUGACCUCUGACCUGCAGCCACAGGAAGUACAGGGCUGUGCUCCAGUUGGCGGAGGCGACCCAGAAGUGCAUGUCAUCAAGCUCCAUUCAGCAGGGUCAGGGCUUUGUGGCUCUCUGCAGGUGGAGGUGACUAUUUCUCUGGUGCCCCCAGUGGCCAAUGCUGGGUGGCACAAGUUGGUGCUGAUCCUCACUAGUGCCGUUCCAGUCAACUGGGCUCUCACAGUCCCAGGGCUCCGGGGACACAUCUCUGUCUAUUCCUCCAACAGCGUGUCCCCACUCUACCCUCCGGAACCUGACCUGACACUGACUAGCAUGCUCACCUCUGACCUCUCUACCACCCAUGACCUUUUGAGCUGGGCCAAUCAGAGUGGCUUUCCCAAAGUGGCCUCAUACACAGAGGCUGACCUGGCCAAUCACUUUGUGAUCAGACUGGCUGGGGGCGGGACAGAAGGUGGCCCCCCUGUGCGUAUGCUGGAUGACAGGCCCCCUUGGGUCCAGGAGCGCAGGUUGAGACAGUGGCUGAGUGAGGGAGGUGGAAGGACCAGUGGGGGCUGGGAGGCCGUCAGUGUGCAGUGUCAGGACGGACGACUCAACGUGGCCGUGGACAGACACAUUCUGCAGACCCUGUCUCUCCCAGUGUCAGAGGUGACACUGCGGGAUCCUCAGUGCCUGGCCCAGUCCAACAGCAGCCAUUUCUUGUUGGCAUUCCCGGUCAUUUCCUGUGGGACUGAAGGGCUGCUGCAGGGAGAGCCCAGAGGGGUACAGUACAAAAACGCGGUUUUGCUAUGGAGAAACAAGCCUCUGGUUGCCGUGGGCAAUGAGACAGACGAGGAGCCCACAGAGUGGACUCCACUGGUCAUACAUUUCAGCUGUUUGGCUGCAGUCCCCAGUGUCCCAAGCCUUCCUGUGGAGCAGCCCACUCUGCAGGGGCCGGGGCCUCUCCCAAGGGCCAGGGCCGGCCCACUGGUCUCACUGCAGCUGUUUGUUACAGAGGGCUAUGAGCAGAGGCAGACCGGUCCUUGUGCCAUCACCGCUGACAACCGUGUCUAUGUGGAGCUUUCAGCCAAGGGGGCCCUCGGUGGGGGUGUGGAGGUGCGGUCCUGCAUGGUGUCUCCCCUAUCAGACCCCCGUGUGUCCCCUGGCUGGUCAGUCAUUAGAGACGGCUGCUCUGCUGACUCCUCACUGACACUCAGCAACAUGACACAUGGCCAAGAGGAUGAGGAGGAAGAGGAGGAUGAUGAGGAAUAUUAUGAAGAGGAAGAGGAGGUACCAAGAGGCCUGUCGUUCAGGCAUCCAGGAAGGGCUUUGAGGAACAAAGCAGGAUUGAGAAAAAGGGAACACGGUGGGAAGAGGGGACGAGGAGGACGAGCCAAAAGAAAGGAGAGCGAUGGAGGAAUGGGAGGAGAGGAGGACCAGAUACACAGACUGAGGUUCAGUUUUGUCCUUCGGCCCAUCUACAACAACUCUGUCCAGUUCCUGCACUGUCGCAUCCGUCUGUGUGGCCCUGAGUCAGUGACCCAGGGGCCUCCAACGGCCAUAAUACAGAGUGGCUGUCCGAAACCCUGGGGCCUCCAUAUCCCUGCCCUCGUAUCUAAACUACCCAGCCAACAGUGUGAGUACAGAAACUUCUCCAGACCCAUGCUGGUCUAUCAGCCUGUUGGUGUGGCCAGACAGCUGGCGCCACCUGCUGGUCAGAGAGGUCAAAUGCCCAGUGUGUCUCAGCUGCCCAAGCCUAUCCCAGCCCACAGCAUCUCAGGGGUAGACACAGGCUCAGUGUUGGGGAUUGUGUUUGUUGCUUUCCUUCUGGGCAUCAGCCUGAUGGGGGCGCUGUGGUGCAUCUACUCUCACACAGGGGCUCCUCCACCAACCAGAAGAGGGGGCCUGAUGGAGAAUACUAACCCUGCCUUAUUAGACUCUUCCAACAGCUCUGUGUAGAGGUGAGAUGGAACGUGAGCAACACACACAGCAGCUGGGGGACCACAAAGUAAAGAGAAUGUCAAAUUUAGACUAGUAUUCUAUAGACUUAUCAUGGUGGCACUAGCGCCCUUUGUGAAUUAGUCAAGCACCUGCAGAUUGCAAUAGUGAUAUCUCGUAUCAUGUGUAAGAAAUACAAUAUUAUCAUUCUCUAUCUCAUUUUCAGUGUUUCCUCUGGUAAAUCUGAGACCGAGGGUAAAGUGGGACAGAAGAUGAAACACCUGGUGUGUGUCUGUGAGUGUGUCAGACCUGGGUUGAAAUACAUGCAUAUUUAAGUAUUUGUUAUUUAAAUACUUAUUUUCCUUGUAUUUUCAAAUAAUGCAGUAUUUUUAUAUUUGUAAAUACACUUGUCUGUGUAGUUGAGCAUUUCCAAAUUCAUUCCAAUAUUUAAGUACUGAAAAAUAUCCAGAUUGUCGUAAGGAUCAGACCAAAACGCAGCGGGAAUAUGUAUACUCAUCUUCUUUUUAUUUUGAAGAAGGAGAAACAAAUAAAUACGUAUACCCCCAAAAAAAACGAAACAGUCCUGUCAGGUGCACAAACACUAAACAAGGAACAACUACCCACAAAUCCAAUAGGAAAACCCCUCUUAAAUAGGACCUUCAAUUAGAAGCAACGAGGAGCAGCUGCUUCCAAUUGAAGGUCAACCCUAUAAACUAAACAUAGAAAUAGAAAGACUAGAUAGAACAUAGAAAUAUACUAACAUAGAACAUUAACCACAAACCCUGAAACACAUAAAACAAACACCCCUCUUACAUAAGAACAUAGCCCAACAAACCCCAAAACACUCUAAAAAAAACACCCCCUGCCACGUCCUGACCAAACUACAAUAACAAAUAACCCCUUUACUGGUCAGGACGUGACAUAGAUACUUACAUUGAAAUGUCUUUGAAAGUAAUUGAAAUACCCUAAAUAGUCUUUGAACCCAGGUGUGUGUGUGUGUGUGUGUGUGUGUGUGUGUGUGUGUGUGUGUGUGUGUGUGUGUGUGUGUAAAUACAAAUACACUGAGGAUAC